AUGAGGCAGGCACUGGGCCAGGCACGACUUGCUUCAACAACUACCAAAAGCGAGCAAAGCGAGCCUGGGGUUCAGCCACAAGAUCCGUCAAAUUCAGCCAAGAAGAAAGAAGCCAUGGAUAAGCUCAAGAAGACGCACAAGUCCAUGGCAGAGCUGGACGAAGAAAUGAAGCUAGCCAUGGAAUCCAUGUCAGGCGAAGGCGGCGAAUACGGACUCGAACUUGAAGGUGGAAAGCCUGUGGCGAUGAAGCGAUCUGUGAAGGACAACAUGUUCAGAUACAUCUGA